GAUAGUAAAAAUAGCACUUACGCUCCAUUUACACCCGUGAAAUGCAAUGAAGGGAUACAAAUAAAUCGCGUUGAACUCUUUCAAAGUGAAGAUAACCAGAGCAUGACAUUUUAGUUUUGUUUUUGUGGGGGCAAAGGUUAACAAAUUUUGAUUCAUCAAUGCAGAAAAGGAAACCAUAUAAUAAUUACUUUCUCGUUUCCCAGCUUCUUCCCUCCAAAGAACAAACGAAAAAACAAGCACAGUAUGUGCCAAUAAUAGCGAGUCACAGGUUUUAUUUUAAAACAAGGAAAAAACUGAAAAGGAUAUGCUAAAAUUUUGACCGUUGGUAGAGAGAGAGUACUAAUAUGUUUGAGAAUUGUUUAAUUAAGAAAUGUCAAGUGGCAAGUGGGUGCAGGCGUGCAGCAACGGUUGGAAUACUAAUCCUUAUUAUUAUAGUCUAUAGUCUAUAGAGAGUGCCAAGUAUGAAGGGUGAAGGCAUGAUGAGGUGGGUGUUGGUGUUGGUGUUGACCCUCUCCCUUUGUGGUGUGCCUGUCAGCGCCACAGACCAUAUUGUGGGAGCCAACCGUGGGUGGAACCCUGGCAUUAACUACACUCUUUGGUCCAAUAACCAAACUUUCUUCGUGGGCGACCUCAUCUCAUUUAGGUACCAGAAAACGCAGUACAAUGUGUUUGAGGUGAACCAGACUGGCUACGACAACUGCACCACACAAGGGGCCAUUGGCAACUGGAGUAGCGGCAAAGACUUCAUAACCCUCAAAAAGGCCCAAAGGUACUACUUCAUCUGCGGCAAUGGUCAAUGCUUUAACGGAAUGAAGGUCUCCAUACUUGUGCAUCCCCUCCCUCCUCCUCCUCCAGCUCAUCCUCCUCAUGCCUCCGCCCAUAAGUCUGCUGCUCCGCGCCUUCAUCUUCCCGCUCUGCUCUCCUCCCUCUCUUCUUUUGUUUGGCUUGCUUGGAAUCACAUCUAGAGACUUUCUCUCGUUUUGUGUCACUUCACACACACCACUUGCUUUAUUUAUUUUUCAUGUAACGUAUACUUCCUUGAUUUAUGUUUGAAAGCUCUCGGAUUUCAAAUUGUUGAAAAUGAUAUGCCCUACUAAACCACCCUGUUAAUAAGAAAGAUAUGCAGAAUCAUUCUAUCCCUUGGUGAGGGACAGAAUUAGCAAUCUAUAGUGUGCGUCAAUGAUGCUGUUUCAAUAGUGA